AUGCUGGCUGCUGGCUGCUUACCUUGCUGCCCUACCCUGCUGUGGUACCGUUUACCCAGUGCCUCCAUACCCGAAGCGUCUUCCUCCGCCAUGCAAAGCUGUUCAGUAAUCCACAACAGCCCUGGCAAUUGGUGGGGUCUAGACUCUGAAGAGACGGUGAUGUUUCUGGGCUCAGCUAGCUGGAACCCACCGCCGUAUUUGCGGUUAUGUCAACCAGCUGUCAAGCCACCCGAUUUCGAUCUUCGUACUGACCGGGAAUUCCCCCAAGUGAUUGAUAUCUCGGUAACUCGUAAUUGGAAGCUAUCUGAGUGGAUCAAAUCAUGUGUCACUUUCGCGCUGCCGUGA